AUGCGUUGGAUUCGCCACGUUUCGCGGCUUUACAUGCAACGAGGUCGUUGUCAAAGUAGUCGUGUGCGUCGAGAGGGUCUAAAAUCGUUGUCGACUUGGAUUGCAGUGCCAGGUACGCUACGACCGAGACUGCGGUCGCGGCAGCACAGGUCGCUGCUGCAACAACAGGAUGGUCUCGCACCCAUCGAAAGCUCACGGAUAUCUCUGUCGGCGUCGGGAAGAACGACGCUCCUGACGACGGCAUGGCGCCAAGCGCGGAAGCCGACGGACCGACGGCAGCUUCCAUGGCGCGGACAAAAUCUCGAAAUGAGAGGGUGGACUCCAUCUUGGACGGAAAAACCUAUCAAAAUUCAUAUCGCCACUCUGUUUUAG